GCGGCGUCAAAAAACUGGCUGUUCGUCGCGUAUCUAGCCGAGCUAGAUAUUGUGCGCCCGGCGAACGCCGCUACCGGAAGCGGCCGAUGCGCGGCGGAGGACGCGGGCCAAUGAGGACGUAGUACGCGAUCCCACUUCCGCCUGGCACCGAAGUUCGAAGGUGAGCGCGCUUUUGGCGCACCUCCGUGAUUCUGUCAGCGUGUACUAUGGAGUCGCAGUGCGCGGUGCCGAAGUCGAAAAAAGACUUAAAAGCAGCGCGGUUGGCUUAUAAUGACAAGCUCAUUUGUGCGGUACAGAAGCGGCCGAUUUUGUGGAACUUUACCCUGGGUGACUACAAAGAUCACAGGAAAAAGCUUUCGAUCUGGGACGACGUGUUGGAGGAGGUCGGCGAAGAACCCGAAGGCAACACUCCGCAAUUCCGAUGGAAGAGUCUUCGUGACACAUUCACAAAGAAAUUCAAGAAAUGGAAGGUAGGCGCACCAAGUGGUUCCGGCGCAGAUGGUGCCAAGGAAGUCCGCUGGUGCUACUUCAAAAUGAUGUUCUUCCUAAAGGACUUUGUCGAUGUUCCAAGCACCACAAGCAGCAUGGUGCAGGGGUGCACAAAGACUCAGGAGAGCGCAGAGGCCGUCCUCAUGGAGAUUUACAGUGAGCCAAAAGACCCGCUGGAGCACGGUGAUGCACCAGACAUCCUGAGCUCAGACAGCUCUUGCAGCCUGUCAAGUGAGGCUGCAUCACCAAAGGCACCACCAAAGGCCAGCACUUCAACUGCUCCCAAAAAGCGAUGUGUCGUAAAGUCAAACCGAAAGAAAAGCAGAGUUGAUGUUGAACUAGACAAGGUCGACGAGCAGCUCGAUCAAGUAGAAGAGGUUGACGAGUGCGCCCUCUUCGGUCAAAUCAUGGCCCACAAGAUGAGGCUGUGCCCACAGCGACUGAGAACUGAUUUUCAGAUAGGUGUGCUUGGGGCAGCCAAGACGUUUGAGGGGGAACAAUAA